AUGUAUAAUUUAUACCCAAUAGAACUUGUUCAAAAUUUUGGGCUCAGUUGUUUUUGUUAAAAAUGCGGACAAAUUAAAGUCAACAUCAAGAGAGUCUCGGGCAAAGCUUCCAUGGCACUCUUAUUUUCUGUUGCUCAUCGGCUUCCAUGACAAACUUUCACCAUGAAAACACCCCUUAAAUACUCGCUGUCUUCAAGCCUCUCAACUCACUCCAAAAAUGGUGAAUACCAGAGCCAAACACCAGAAAAUUCAUAACACGAGGAAGCUCUGCUUCUCGGAGGUUGCCAUGGCAGAUUCCGAUCAUCUGGCAACCCAAUCCGGAGCUUUCAUCGGUUCAAAUGAUGAUCUUCUAACUGAAAUCCUUCUUCGGCUUCCAGUCACCUCUGUUCUUCAGUUCAGAUCUGUUUCCAAACACUGGCAAUGGCUUUUGAGCCACCCACGUUUCACCCUUAUGUAUAAAAAUGCUUCCAUCUCUCCUGGCCUUUUUGUUUGCAAUUCGUAUAUUCCAUUUGAUGUUGAGAACCAAAGUCCACCUCCUUUUCGAAAUCUCGACUUCUACCCUGAUCUUUGUGGUAUUGGAAUCGUGCAAUCUUGUAACGGACUGCUGCUUUGCUGUAGCAAGAAGGGGCACGAACGUGCUCGUAAAUAUUACGUAUUCAAUCCCAUAACUAAGCAAUUUGCACUCAUUCCAUCGGUUCCUGGAGGUAUGGAAGUUCGUAAAAACAUCCGUUUUAUGGGUCUGGCAUUUCAUCAAACAGGUUGUGUUCACUACAAGGUUGUUUGCAUCCACGUUAUGAAUCCUGAUGCGUUGUUCAAGAUUCAGAUUUACUCGUCUGAGACAGGGAAAUGGAAGACUUCAGAUCAAUCUUUCUCUGCGCCUUAUUAUACACCUUUAAGAUAUGGAGUUUUUUGGAAUCAAGCGAUCCACUGGGCUCCCUCUUUUGUUAAUCCAUCGUACUUUAAGCUCGAUACACAGGAGUUGAAAUCGCUGCCAUUGCCGGAGACGGUGGCAUCUUUCGGAGGUUAUGGAGAUCGAGCAAUGCCCCUUUACUUUGGGGAGUCACGAGGCCAUCUGCAUUUGGUGGACAGGGUCGAUCGCAGUGAGAGUACUUUACAGCUGAACGUGUUCGAGAUGUUGAAGGAUCAUUCUGGAUGGUUUCUCAAGUAUCAAGUGGAGCUUGAUGAGCUGUUGAAUGCUUACCCGAAGAUGAUCAAUAGCUACCAGGAUCCUUCGAGCCUUGAUUAUUACGAAUUCGAAUUGUUUGAUGUGGUGAGAGGUGAAGAAGAAGAUGAUGAAGCAUUCUUUGUGAUCAAAGUUUCAGGGAAGAUUAUAAGGUACAAUGUUGUGGACAAGAGUUUCAAGCAGAUAUUUGAUCUUAAUCAUCUGACCGACCUUUCCUAUGGACGAAUCGGUGACUUGAAAGUUCAUCGCUAUAUUGAGAACUUGGCUUCUUUCUAAAACGAAUUAAUGAAUUAUUACGCUUGAAAAAAAUUUAUAUAUAUAUGUUGC